GAAUCAUUCGUGCUACAUUUGUCGUGUGGAGCUUGCCUGCCUGCCGGAUUCGCCCAGUCGUUUGUCAGCCGUUUGUCAGCGUUUGCCGUGUGCGCCGUGAGCGCUUGUUUUUUGCACAAGCCAGCAGGGAAAAUAAAAUAGUAUAAUUCAAGCGUUUUGUGUGUAGAGAGAUAGCCAUCAGAAGCCGUGAAUUGAGUCGAAUCUGUAGCUCAAUUGAACCAACAACAACACAAAAAGAAAUAAAUAAAACUGAAGAGAAAAGAACGAACGAAUCAAUUUUGCUAAAUAACUUUGUGCUCACACAACUAAAUAGUCGAGUUCCGAGUCGAGUCGAAUCGCGUCACGUCUGGGUGUGUUUCAAUUGGAAGAGCAUCACCAUCGUAGAAUUGAUAACAAUUUAAAUUAAAAAAAUCAAAUCAAAUAAAAAUGCAGUACAUCUAUGUGAUUAGUGCGCUGAUUCUGGCCAUUGCCGUGCAGCAAGGCUAUGCCAUUAAAUGCUUUGUCUGCAAUAGCCACAAAGAUGCCAACUGUGCGCUGGACAUACCGCCAGAGAAUUUGCUUAAGGACUGCGAUGAGCAGUACUCAUCUCGUGGCAAGGGAAUACCCACCUAUUGUCGCAAGAUCACACAGAUCAUUGAGUUCUCUGUGAACAGCCUGCCUCCAGAUAGCCGCGUGAUACGGACCUGCGGAUACCAGAACCAGACCUCGACCAACUAUUGCUAUUCGCGUGCCGGCUUUGGUGGACGCCAGGUGGUCUGCUCCUGUGAUACGGACAAUUGCAAUGGCGCUGCCACGAUGAGUGCCUCCACAGUGGGUGUGGUGGCCAUGGUGGGUGUCCUGCUGGGCGCCUUCCAGUGGCUGCAGCGUUAGGACGGCCGUAGAGGAGACGAGACGAGACGAGACGCAAGGAGCCGCCUCAGUUGUUUUUGUUUGAUUUGUUUUUUUCGUCGAUUCAUCAUCCAACCCAACCAAAUGUUUUUUUGUUUUUUUCGUAUUCUUGAACUUCUGUGAAACCCGUUGCCGCGCUUUACACCCCCUCACCCUCCCAUCAAGAUGGUCCACACGUAGAGCUGCCACAGAGCUUGCUCUGUCCCAGCAUGAUUUUUGUAACACAUUUUUUGAAUGGAGAACCGUAAAAAGCUUUAUACGAAACAUUUAAUAAACGAGAAUUGCUUAAGUUGUAAAUGUAUAUAAAAAACAAAAAGAGAUCAUGUUACAUUUGGCCAAUAUAAUCGUUCAAAUCUAUUUUACACACACACUCACAGAUACUCGUACUCGGAGUAUGAGCAUGAGGAUGAAUUUUUGAAACUAAAGUACGAGUAUAAUAAAUAUAUAACGAUAACAAAACUAAAACUAAAACCUACCGCAGUUAAAAAGUAUUUAAAUGAAAUCCAAUUAAACCAAACGAAAUAAAAGUCAAAGGAGGCCCCCCAAAAAAACCAAAAACCAAAAACUAACAGUAGUACAUAAACUAUAAAUGUUAACACAAUCUUUGUCUAAGUUUCUCUAUUUUUAUUUUCAUAAGACUUAAAAUUAACGGAAGAAAAAUCUAAAGAAAUUUCUAAAGGCAAAAUUCAAACGCUAAACAAACGAAAAAAAAGUAUUUAAAUGGCAGCAAAGGCCCUGAAAAAAAGCAUUAAAUAUAACAAUAAACACACACCACACGCGACAUACACUUUAUAGUAUAAUUAGAAAAGAAGCUAAAAGUAAGAAACAAGAAAGGAAAAUCCCCCCCCAUAAACCUAAACCCAAACCCAUUCCUAGAAUAGUUGAAACACGCUUGAAGGACACCACACAGCCAGAGGGCCAAGCGAAAAGCACGCUCCCAUCCUACGCACUAACCAAAAUGAAACCAAAAAAAAAAGUGAAUAAAAAUGAAAGAUAAACACUCGAUGUUGUAACCAACUGCCAAAAACGGAAAACUAUGAGAAUCGAUUCAUCUACCGCAUAGAAGGAGGAGAAGGAUGACACCGACACCAAAUCCAUAAAUGGAGCCCCUCACCCCACAUAAAAAAAAGGAACCAAAAUUAUGGGACAUCCCCAAGUAGUAGAACGAAUGCAAAAUGUGCAAAAGUGUUGUCCAUUGUAGAGAUAAAUGCAAGAAAAUAAUAAUAAUACAAAUAAAAUUCAUAACUGUAUGUUAAACGUGUUACAGAAACCAAAGCAACAAAUACAUGAUUUUUAGUUCAAACAAAUAGCAAAAUACACAGUUUAUAGUGACAAUUUUUUAGUUAAGAAUGAAAUCUCCUCUAAAAAAAUGCAAUAUUUAUAAUGCGAUAAAAUUGUAAAAUGUUUAAAGUGAAAAACAA